UACUAGUAACUCGUUAAUGGCAGAUAAGGAGCUGCGCCCAGUCAGGUUUUGCAUGUGCCAACACAUCCCUGGAUAAGAGGUUAUAGCUUUGCAAGCAGUUUCAGCUAGUCCAAGUUUAUUCUCCGUUCCAUUGGGCACAGAAUUAACAAGGAUAUUUCGCUGAAGUGUGUGCGGUUAUCUUCGAAACUAGAAGUAGCACUGCAGAAGGACUAAGCAGAACGCCAAAUAGAAGACGAAAAAGAAGAAGGAGUAAACGAAGAAGAAGACGAAGAACGGAGGAGGAGGAGAAGAAGUAGAAGAAUAAGAAGAAAAAGAAGAAGAGAAGAAGAUUGUUUUAAUCUCUUCUUCAUUCGUACGAAAAUCAGUUCAACGAAACCUUUCGGCCAUAUUAGGAUUGUACUGUAUUGAUCAAGAUCUCUAAGUGAAUAUCAUCCGACAUCAUGAGCUGCCUCCGACCACGAGCUUCGUCUUUUGACGAGGAAGACAACAUCUCCAUUGCUUUUGAAGUGCUACAACAAAAAGAAGUUGAACAGAUUCACCAGAAGCUGAAGCGUGGCACCAAGUUCACCAAGAUAUCUCCGAACAGCACCAAGAAGCACGGCAGGACCUUCUCUCUGACUGAUGAUGGUACUGCUCUCAUGUAUACCCCAUCAAAGAAGUCCUCCAGCAAAGCAACAGUGUCCCUUUCGGAGAUCCAUGAGAUACGCAGCGGACACGAGACAGACACAUUCCGCAUCUCUAAGAACAAGAAGAAGUACCCCAAAGAACGCUCUUUUUCUCUCAUCGUCGGCAACGAAAAUCACACCGUCAACCUUGUAGCGCCCUCUCAAGAUGAAGCCAGGACAUGGGUCAUGGGACUGCGAUGGCUGAAGAAGAAGUCGCAGCAUAUCGACAUCCACUCCAAGCAGGCUGCAUGGAUCAUGGAUGCUUUUAGACAGGCGGACGUUGAUCGAGAUGGAACAGUGGACUUUGAUGAGUCCUACAAACUCCUCAAGAAGCUCAACAUCAAGAUCGAGAAGGUUCACGCCAAGAGAUUAUUCCAGUUUGCAAACACACAUUCAACUACCACAAAGAAAGGAAAAGUGAGGAGUGAUGCUCUCAGCGAGGAUGAAUUUGUAGAAUUCUAUCGCAUCAUCACACGCCGUCCAGACUUGCAAGAGGUCUUCAAAAAGUACUCUGGCGACGAUGAUUACUGGACCCCCGAGGAGUUUGCCGAGUUCAUGCAUGAAGAACAGAAGAGGUUAGAGGUCACACCGGAGUGGUGCGCUACUAACAUUGAGGAGUAUGAACCCAACCAGGAGUUCAGAGACCAGAAGAUCCUCACAAUGGAUGGUUUCUUCCUGUUUAUGAUGGGGCCUAGUGGACUCAUCUUCAACCCAUUCCAUGAAGAUGUCUACCAAGAUAUGAAGCAGCCGCUGGCCCAUUACUUCAUCAACUCAUCCCACAACACAUAUUUGUUGGAUGAUCAGCUCAGAGGACCAAGCAGUACCGAAGCCUAUAUCAGCGCACUGCAGAGAGGAUGCAGAUGUGUAGAACUGGAUUGCUGGGAUGGACCUGAUAACGACCCCAUCGUCUACCACGGCCACACCCUCACAUCCAAGAUCAAGUUCCGAGACAUCAUUGAAGUGGUAGACAAAUAUGCCUUCGCUGCUUCCGAGUAUCCUUUGAUUCUGUCCUUUGAGAACCACUGCAGUGUGGAGCAACAGAAGGUGAUGGCUCAGAUCUGCGUUUCAAUACUCAAAGACAAACUUUACACCAAUAACAACCUUCACAAUGAAGCGGCCUUCCCAUCUCCAGAGGAACUCAAAGGAAAGAUCCUUAUCAAGGGUAAGAGUCUUCCCCCAUCCGCCGCCACCACAGAGGAUGACGGUGAAGUCAGUGAUGAAGACGAGGCAGCCGACAUCGACACCGAAGACCCUCAACUCAAGGCCGAGCUGGACAAGAAGAAGACAACCACCAAGACUGAAGAAGGCGAGAAGUCGAAAGACAAGAAAAAGAAAAAGUUGAAGUUGGCCAAGGAACUGUCCGAUCUAGUGACCCUCGCCAGUGUCCACUACGGUUCGUUCCCUGCAUCAAAGGAGAAAUACAAGUGCCACCAGAUGUCUUCCUUCGGUGAGGCUAAAGCCUUUGGUCUGGCAGAGGACAAGCCAGGGGAUUACGUGGAGCACAACAAGAUCUUCCUGAGUAGGAUCUACCCCGGCGGGCUCCGCACCAACUCCUCCAACUAUAGCCCCGUACCCAUGUGGGAUGUGGGUGCUCAGAUUGUUGCUUUGAACUUCCAGACACCAUGUGAAGAAAUGGAUCUCAAUCAAGGAAAGUUCCUUCAGAACGGCAAGUCUGGGUUCAUCCUGAAACCGGUCUUCUGUAGGAAACCCAACAUGCAGUUCAACCCCCUCAAGCCAGGAGAUCAAUACACACAGCAUGUAACACUCAAAGUGAUCAGUGGUCAGCAGCUCCCCAAGCCAUCCGGUAGUAAAGAGGUCAUUGACCCCUACGUCAAGGUCUAUGUGCUAGGAGGAGGAUCUAAGCAGGAGUUCAAGACAGAGGUCGUCGAGAACAAUGGCUUCAGUCCCACAUGGAACCAGGAGUUCAGCUUUGAAGUCAAGGUGCCAGAACUAGCCCUGAUCCGGUUGGUGGUCCAAGACUACGACAUGGCAUCCUCCAACGAGUUCAUCGGCCAGUACACCUUCCCGGUGGCCUCCAUGCAACUUGGUUACCAUCAUGUCCCUAUAUUGGGCGAGAAGGGCGAUGACCUCCUGCCGGCCAGUCUCUUCAUCCACACCAUGGUCAAUGUAUCAUAGGUCAAAGGUCAUAGGUCAAAUGGUCAAAAGCAUUUGGAAUUUCCACCUCCACCAAAAAAAAAAAAGUUUCUGGUUUUGAUAAUGUUAUUUACAAGACCGCUUUCUUUCUCUUUUAAAUGAUGCAUGAUAUUGAAGGAUCAAAUCAUGUGUGGUAAUUCUUUGUUUGAAAUGGAAAGGUUGGUAAAUUCAUUUGAAAGAAAAGUAUUGAUAUAUAUAAACCAACAGGUUAUAUCAUGCAUCUAUGUGUGACCUCUAUAGAUUAGCAUAUGACAUAAGGUCAUACAGUCAAAGGUCACAGUCAAUCAGCAUUCCGCUAUGUAAAUAAUGCGCCUAUACUUAAGAUUUUUAAGAUCUUCAAAUUUGAACUGCCAAUUUUUAUCAUGUUUUCAAUUUUAUAGUCGAUCUGAAUUUACGAGGGAUGUAUAAUUAAUAUAUGAAAUGCACUUGCAAGCAGAAAGCAAGGAUUUUUAAGGAGUAUAGUUGAAUUUAAAAAUGCAAAAGGGAGCUGAAAGCGACUUUUUUUUUUUCAAAGGCAUGUUAAAAAUCUGUUAUUGAUUCCAUGCAUGUUUCAAGGCUAUGUCUUUCACUUUUUAAAACAUUUUAAUGAAAUCUUCAUGUUAUUAACUUUUUAGAAAAUAUACCACAAUAUAUCAUGAAUCAAAUUUUUAGAAGUGGACCUCCAUGGUUAGAAUUCUCGUAAAAUAAAUUGUACUGAGGAAUAGGUAUGAUAGUCUAAAAAUUUGAAUAGUUGUUAUCAUGAAUUCAAUUUUCUAUGAAACGUGUUAGGAUAUUUCUCUGUUUCACGUGAGUGCAAUGUUAUUGUUAUAGUUGUAAGUUGCAAAUGAGAUAAUCAGACUUUCUUGCGGUAUAGGAGUAUUUCACAUGAGCUUGAAAAAUUAUUUUGAUAUACGUGUAUAUACAUAUGAGAUUGGCUAGGAUUGUUGGGGGCAUGCAUAUAUAUUUUGGGUUGAAACAAAGUAAAUGUAGAUUUGAAUGUUGUAUGAAAUCAAGAAAGCCCGAAAAUUUGGUAAAAAGUAUGUACAUAAUGAUUAAUGACAGUAUUUGAAAAGUUUUAUCAUCAUUUUUAAUGUCGAUCUCUUCGUUUUGCGUUUUUUUCUAUGAAGAGCUUUUUUCUCAUCAACAUUUUUAAAUUUUGAAUUCGAUAAUUGUCUUUCAUUUCAAAAAGGAGAAAAUUUGGGACCAAAAUUUGAUGAUACCUCAUGAAUCUAUGUUCCAAUUUGAUUUCAUAUUUUGCUACCAACAUUCAGCCAUUGAAAAAAAAAGGAUCAUUCCAUACUUUUUCUUCAAUUUAACCGUAAUGAUGGAAUAUAGAAAGCUGAAGUUUUACUCUUAGAGGAACAUGAUUUUUUUUUCCCCUUUCAUAAUCUCAAAUCAAAAGUCUUCCAGAAUUUGCUGCAAAAAUCGAGACAAGUAAUUUUGCUAGCAAUAUUUCCAUUGCAAUGGGUAGGUUAAAUGGAGUGAAAAUUAAAAAUCCCGAUAACAUUCAAUUAUUUACUUUCAAAUUUGCCUGGCAGGAAAAGGAUCAAUUUUAUAGUAAAAAGCUCAUUAUUUUAGCAUUUGUGAAUAUGUAAGCUAUAUAUGUGGAUAGUUCUCUUAAAUUUAUUCUAUUUGAAGAUGAUAUAGUUGAUUGUAGGGGCAUUAGAAAGAUUUUAUAGUUUUUAACAGCAAUGAUUCAUGAUAGAUCUUAUUAAUUUCAAUGGUUUUAUAUUUAUAACGAACAAAAUACAAUGUGCAAGUCUGUACCUCCCGGUUGGCAGUUUACUCUUAACUAAUUAAUGCAUGGAUAAGGUUCAAAGCCCUGGAUUAUAAAUCAUAAUAUUUACCUAUUCUCACCUAUUCUAUGCAUGUAAAUUAUGCAAUAUGUAUCCGUAUUUGAAUAAUGAUAUCACAUGCAGUUCUAUCUUACAUGAACACUGUACAUGAAUGUGAUACGUUUGUUAGAGCUCGAUCAUUCUGGUGAAGAAAUAGUUUGAUAUAAAAGCGUUUAAAGUAAUAUGAAAUACAUUAAUUUAUAUUUUAAAGUUUUGUUUCAAAUGGAUAAUUCCAUAGGGACUUCACAGGGUUUUUCCAUUUGUAUGCAUUUCUUAUGUUUUUUUUAAUAUUCUUUAUACCUGAUUACAUACUUGUACUGUUUCACUCUUUUUUGUUUUUAAAAAGACAGGAUGAGAAUUAGUAAACAAAAGAAGAUAAACUUUCACAAAGAGGUAAUUUGGUUUAGUACGUUAUGGAUAUAAAAAACAUUUAAAAGACGUUUUUUUAAGACGUCAUAGCCUUUUUAUUCAUCUUACAAAAUUUUUAAAAAAUUGGAUCCCAACGCGCAAAGGUGUAAGCUGUACAAACCGAAUAAUUUGUGCCUGGAAAUCAUGCUUUUUCAAUCAGUAUUCAUUUCAUAUGAAACUUAGAAUACAUGCUGCCAAUUAAUGUUCUAUUUGAAAUAAUGUCAAGAGUGUUUGUUCUGUCUUAGAAAUCAGUGCGUCCCAUCAUUUGAUUUAAUUAAUGAUCAAAACUUAUAUGAAAUAAGAUUCAUGAUUAAUGAUGUGAUAUUAAAUGAAGUACAUGUAAGAUCCAAUUAAA